AGAAAUCCUCGUAAGAUCCCAAUUUGAAUAAAUUCAUCCACAUAGUGAGACUAUCAAUCCAUCUCUGCUUCCUUCUUCCUCUCAAAUCCUGAUUCAAGCCAAGGAGAUUCAGCAAUGGGUCGGAGAAAGAUUGAGAUGAAGAUGGUGAAAGAUAGAAAUUCUCGGCAGGUGACUUUCUCCAAGCGCAGGGCUGGUCUAUUCAAGAAAGCUCACGAGCUUGCCAUCCUCUGCGCAGCCCAGAUUGCCAUUGUUGUUUUCUCACCUGGAGGGAAACCCUUUUCAUUUGGAAACCCUAGCGUUGAGUCUCUUUCUGAGCGGUUUCUAGAUGAUAAGGGCAAGAACUCGAAGAGAGGUUGCCCUUUUGGGAGAUCGGUGAGUAGAUCGGAGAAGCUGAAUAAGCAUCUCGGCGACUUGCAGAGGCAAGUUCAGUAUGAGAGAAAAAGAGCAAAGCUGCUUCAGGAGGCGAUGAAAAAAAAUGGGUUACCAUUAAAUCCGAAACCCAUUGAAGAAAUGAGCGUUGAUGAGCUUAUGAAGAUGAGAAAUGCUAUGCAGGAGCUUCGUGAGAAGAUGGGAGCUCGCGUUGUAGAAAUGGAGGCAUCCUCUUCAUUGCUUCUCUUGUCUAAGAAAUUUAUUCAGGAGAAAUAAUCAUAAUAAAUUUUCUUCAACAAUGCAAAUGUUAAUUUAAUUUGUAGAAGCACCAUCAAGAAUUAAUAAGAACUCAACGAGAGAUGGUUAUCUUCCUAAAUAUAGAAUUAU